GAUGGUGCUGUGGCAAUUGAAUUGCUGGCUUGCGCCCUUCGAUUCUUGCAGGCAGUGCCUAUCAACAAAGGGCGAUAUGGCUUGGACCUGCAGCCCUUCACCCAUGUGGUGAUUCAUCAGGUGAUCCUCCAGACCCUGUCCGAGCCAUCUGCAUUUAGCAGUGCCCGGUACUGGAGACUGGCUGCACUCUCUCUCCGGUGGUUGCGUUUGGUGCUGCGAGGGCCUUUGCCGAUGAGUGGGUCUUCAGCACUGAAUAUGUUGAUAGUGAGGCCAUACAGUGAUUGCGAUGCCACUGCAGCAGAAGUGGCCGCGCGAUGCGCUGCAGGAAAUGCAACAGCCUAUGCAUUUCGGUGUCUCUUGAGCUUGGAUUCUCCAAUAUUUGCACGAGUGCUGAAUCUCACACUCCUUCAGGGGCGGAGCAUGGAUGGGCUAGCAAACAGAAGGAAAGGAGGAGCAGCCUAUCCUUACAUGGAGCAAUGCGUGUCGUAUGGCUUGGAUGUGGUGAGAAUCCUUUUGCAGCGAGAUGUGGUUUUCUCCCGGCUUCACGCGCAGCAUGCAUCCGAGCGUGCCAGCAGUUGGGGCACUGCGAGCCUUCAGGAUGGCCCGAUUCAGCCAACGCACAAAUUGCUAUUGGCAGAGUUUGCGUUUGCAUAUCCUCCUGCAGACUUGGGGGCAGGUCGAGGCAACUCCUACGCUGGCUUCAACCCAUUUUGGUCACAAAGACCACGUUUGGAGACAGAGGUCUUCGACGCUCAAACAGGGCAGCGACACAAUCCAAGCUACCUCGCGUUGCUCCUGGAAUUUAUGGGUGCACGUUUGCACAAUGGCAUUGGUCGAUUGGCUCUGUAUGUGUUCAUGCAGUGUGCUUUCCGAGAGCCGAAGAGGGUGUUGCGGCUGUUGCAGCUGGAGCCAUGGAGGCUGCAAGCAAUCAGCACUGCGAUACAUGACAAAAUUGUGCAGCCUGAUGGAGAAGAAGCGGCGGAAGAAGCAAUUGCAGCAGCAAAGUCACAAGGUCGCAACUGGGACAAGCACAGCGAAGCUGCCUUUGCCCUCGAGGCUAUGGAGAUUGACGCUUCUCCUGACUUUUGCCAUUUAGAUGUCGCUUCUUCUGAGACGGGUUUGCCAAUCUGCCGAUCAGUUGACCUUCUACAGCAGCUUGCUGAGGAUUCAGUGGUUCAGGCAGCUGAUGUUGCAGUUUGGGCACGUGGAUCCUCUGCUGAAGGAUCUGACGCUGGAGUUUCGGCAUUGCGUGGCUGCGCCUCAUCUGAUUCAGCAACCUUCAGAGCUGCUUACCUCCGAGGCUUUGACAUUCCUGCUGCAUGGCUCUCCGCUGGCGCUGCUGCGAUUGUGGCCACCCUCAAUGAUGAGCACAUGGUGCAGCUGCCUUUUGCUGCAUUGACCACUGAAUCCGGCCGGUUGUUGACCCUUCGGUUGUUUCUGCUGCUACUUGGAGAUUCCGAAAGCUCAGCUCAACAGCUUGGGCAACUUCUCCUAGGAUUGGAUCCCACGGCAAGGACAGUCACAGGAAUGAUUGAUAUGGAUCCAACACGAAGCGGAAAUCUGGCACCUUUGGACGCCCUAAUGUUGCUGUUAGAGAAUCCACCGAACUUACCAGCUUGGAUUGACAGUGGAGGUCCAAGGCCUUCUGGCAGCAAGGCUUUGCAGCCACACAAUGCAACACAGCCAGAGGUUCAACAGGCGAUGCAGAACCAUAGCGCAUACGAAGCUUCACUGUCCAUCGUGCUCAGCCUUCUGGCCAUGCCUGCACUGCGGGAUGUGAUUUUGCGCUACGUAUGUCAUGCAUGGACAUCACGGUACAAGGUGUUGAAAAACCUUCUGGCUGUGCCGUGGUCUUCAUUGACUUCCAUGCUGCGCAGGAUCCUGCUGUCUGAGGCAGCGCUCAUUCUGCAGGUAUGCUCUUGGGAAAUGCGAUUGGUGUGGCCUGCUGGACGGCCUCCAGUGGGACAGCAGAUAACUGACAUUGUCGGGCAGCAGUGCCUUGACAUGAAGAUGAAUGUCUCGGAGCAUUUGCAGGAGGUGGUUGCUGAUCUGGUCUCGUCCAAAGACACUGGUGUGUCAGCGCACACCGCCACGCCGUAUUUGAUCGGCACUGCUCUACGGCUGGCCGACGCUUGCGACGUCAUUGAUGCAGUGGUUGGGUCUGCAGCACUACAGGGCUCACUGCUGUUUGGACGUGAUGCGAUGCAGGAGCACCUUCGAGCCUCCACUUGCCAGUGCAUGGCUCCGGACAAAGCUGGUGGUGGUCUAACUCGAAGUCUGGAGUUGCAGGAUCCUUUUGUGCUGCUGCACUUGUCUGGAGUGAGCUACCAAUUGAGCGCAACAGAGUCAGAAGGCGAUCGCUCUAGAUUUGCAGAGGAUUUGAAGCGGCUUGGAUCUCGAAAUGAAUAUGCCUGUUUUGCCUUCUAUACAGAGCAAGCUUGCAAGUCGCUCGCUGUGUUCGCUGCGGCUGCCCUAUGUCAUUUGGUUGGGAGACCACCAGCCAUGAGCUCUGCGUCUGCUGCAAGUGAUUCCAGAGCGCAGGCUGCCCGAGCGCAUCUCGAAGCGCUGCUUCCUGCAAUGGCAGCUGAAGAAUCUGGAGCAGAAGCACCCCGAAGAUUGGAGCUUUUGUCAGGUCUGGCAACUGCCUUUCUGGCGGCCAUGCUGGAGCGUUCCGAGGCUCCACCGCUCGCCUUCGUGCGAAGAGUCUAUGGGUUGCUCAGCGGGGCCUUGGUUCGGCCAUUGUCUCGGGAGUCUCGCAGGAACUUGGAGGAGGCGCUGCUGCUUCUCUUGCAGCGGAUGUUGCCCGACCCCGCGUUGGAGGCGGUUCAAGGUCUACAGCCCUCUUUCCUUGAGGCGCAGGACCUGCAAGAACUCUCCCAGCUGUUGACAUCCUUGAUGGCCGCUGCCGUUGCAGAGGUGGAGAUGUUUGAGGAGACACGCCAGGGAGUCGCUCUGCCGCUGAUGUGUGCACUCCUCACCAGAGUACCUGCGAAGCAGAGAUCCCAGGUCUUCAAAGGUCGGCUUUGGCAGCAGCUUACAGAACUCAUUGGUUCAGAUCGUAUAGAGCAGGAUCAGAAUCGAGCAGAUCGAGGAGUACAGAGAUACCAAAGCGCAGCUCUUGCUGCAAUUCUUUGCCAAGCACCUGAAGCAGCCAGCGCCUUUUUUGAAGCUGCAGGCUUCUCAGCCAUCCUGCGGUCAGAGAUGCUGGGCUGCAGGAUGAGAUUGGCUCCUGCAGGAUUGCAUGCAUUGGACACAACCGAUCCAGCAUCCCUGGUUGCAAUUUUGCAAGUUAUUGUCUCCAUCCUUGGCGUUCUUCCAACGCAUUCAUUAGUUUUACACAGCACUCUGCAGUGGCUUGAGAAACAUCUGCAGCCUCUACUUGAUGUUGUGCAAUGGGUCACCCGCUUGCCGAUGACAUUGUCUGCUGAGCCAAGACGGGCUGGACAUGUUUCGCUUCUGUCAUCGAUGGUGUCUGCUUUGGCAGCAAGAAGCGGGGGCAGUGCCGGCCGCAGUGGUCCGGAUGCAAUGCUUGUGCAUUGCCGAUCUCUCCAAGCAAGUAUCGUAAACAGCUCUGCAGACGCUUCCGUCGACACUUUGGCUUUUUCCCUCAGCGGCCGACGUGCACUGGGUGUCACUUCAGGGAAAGCGACAGAGGAACAAGUGCUGCAAGUUGAAGGAGUUGCUUUGUGCUAUCGAUGUGUCUCUUUGUUCAUUGAGCUGUGGUCACUCUUAACUUCAGCUGUUGGAAGAGUCAAAGGCUCAGCUGUUGGCAUGGCUUCGAUGGCUUCGCAAGAUCCAUACUUGAGCAAACUUCAGCAGCUUGAGGCCAUGAUCCGCCCAGCUCUGCCUGGUCUCACAAUGCAAGUGGUCAGUGCAUGUCCAGCAGAUCAAAACGAAAUGUCAGAUUCGGGCACACCACUUCUGAUGGAAAGCAUGCUACCUUCCGAGUCAACAAAGCUUAAGAUUUGUUCCAAUGUUCUUCACGUGUGGAGACACGAUGGCAUUACCCAACACAUCAAGGCGCUGGCCUACAAAGGACCACAACCUCCAGGGGGUUUUGGGGGCUUCGGGGGCUUCCAGCAAAGUUUCCAGAGCCUAUCAGGAUCGGGGCUAUCUUCGGCCUCGGCCGCGGCACAAACCUUUGGCCCUUUGCGCUCUGGUGUUCUUGUCUCGCAGGAUGUCGUUUCAGAAGCCAAUCUGCGUGCGGGUGUUCUUUGUGCGAUCUUUGUGCAUGCUUCUUCCAGCUUGCUGAAUUUGAAACUGUCAGAUUCUGCAGUGCCUUCAAAGGAGGGAGUGAACAAAGUGAGCGAUGUUCGACAGGGGAAUAGCCACCAGAUCCACUUCGAAGGUGCAGCAAUGAAUUUCCGCCAUUUGCUCUUUAUUGUCGAGACUUCUCUUCACUUGCUUUGCCUUCAUUUGACGCUUCUAACAACUGCGGCCGAUUUAGAAGGUUCAAACAGUGGAAGCACUGGACGACAAGCACCCUCGCUGUCAGCUGGAAUACCUCGACUAGCCGUGGUGGGACAAUAUCUUCGCCUGGUGAUUGAGUUUACAGCAGCAUCGGGCGGUUCAGUGGCGUUACUGUCAACUGACGAUCGGUCACGUGAGACUGGAACUAUUUCCAACCUCUUGUCGCUUUCAUUCGCCGCCAAUGUAGCAUCCACAGCCGAAAAGCUGGUUGCCCAGUUGCAACUGCAGCAAGGUGGCUUAUGA